AUCGCCGUUCGUUAUCACCGCGUUUCCACAAAAUUUGGAUAACGCACCUGGCAUGGAGAUGGCUCAAGUAGAUGGCUUUAUCUUUGACGGUCCAGUGGCUUCCGAAUCUAAUGGAAAACAAGGAAUUACUUCGACAUCCACAACAACAGUCGCAUCUGUUCUGCUUAACAAUGUAUAUAACGCAUGCAUAAUAAACUGUCCGGUGACGAACGAAUACAAUCCUGUUUGUGGUACGGACAACGUCCAUUACGUUAACCCAGGAAAUCUAGGCUGCGCGCAACGUUGUGGAAAAGACGUGAUAUUAAAUUAUUAUGGACGCUGUUCAACAGGCCGAACUGGAUAACAAAUAAUUUAUAUUAAUGCAAU